UCUCACCCCAACAAGAAAACAUGGUCUCCAUAAUUCAGAUUCAUACUUUAGGGAAGCUGUUGCUAAGUUUCCUUCUACUCCCUGUUGGCCUUGUGUUAGGAGAAGACGAGUGCUGUGAUGUCAAAUUUGUCCAAGGAGCUGCCAAUGCUAGUUUGAACGGACUAUACUACCUAUUAAAUGAAACUGAUGCCCCAGUGAGAGAGGAGUGUAAAGAUGGGUGUAUUUAUUUAAAGGACAAUGAUGAAUACUGUUUUAAAGCAGUUCCAAUUGUGGAAGCCCCUGAUGUGGAUUGUAAGGAACUAACGAAAGAAGAAUUAGCCGCACUCCUACAGGAAGAGAUUGAACUAGAAAGUUUAUUAGAAGCAUUAUUAGAUCUGGACCAAGAUAUUCCAGAUUUAAGAAGAAGUCGCCGUGACCUAGCAACACCAACGACAUGUGAACAAAUGCUCAAGUACUUAGAGGAUGUUAUACCCUACAUUGGAGACAGUAAACCCCCCAGCGGAGGAGUGAAAUACGUUGUUGCUGUGGCUAAGGCUGUUCGCCAAGGUGGCAUUCUGUGCAGUCCCCUCAAACGGAUAAUAAGACAUCUAAUUCAUCUUAUUCGAAAUCGUAUCAAAGCAAUUCACAAUCAAAUAAAAGCAACUACUGCAGGAGAAACAACUACAGAUCGAGUAACAACUACAGCAGAAGAAACUACUACUUCAGAAGAAACAACUACUGCUGGGGAAACAACUACUUCAGAAGAAACAACUACUGCUGGAGAAACAGCUACUUCAGGAGAAACAACUACUGCAGGAGAAACAACUACUUCUGGGGAAACAGCUACUUCAGAAGAAACGACUACUACAGGAGAAACAACUGUUGCAGAAGAAACAACUUCUGCAGGAGAAACAACUACUGCAGGAGAAACAACUACUUCACGAGAAACAACUAAUGCAGGAGAAACAACUACUUCAGAAGAAACAACUACUGCAGCUGAAACAACUACUUCUGGAGAAACAGCUACUGGAGGUGAAACAACUACUUCUGGAGAAACAACUACUGCAGGAGAAACAACUACUGCUGGGGAAACAACAAAUGCAGGAGAAAGAACUACUUCACAAGAAACAACUACUGGAGGAGAAACAACUACUAUAGGAGAAACAUCUACUGCAGGUGAAACAACUACUUCUGGACAAACAACUACUGCAGGUGAAACAACUACUUCUGGAGUAACAACUACUGCUGGGGAAACAACUACUUCAGGAGAAACAACUACUGCAGGAGAAACAACUACUGCUGGGGAAACAACUACUUCUGGAGAAACAACUACUUCAGGAGAAACAACUACUGCAGGAGAAACAACUACUGCAGGAGAAACAACUACUGCUGGGGAAACAACUACUUCUGGAGAAACAACUACUUCAGGAGAAACAACUACUUCAGGAGUAACAACUACUGCUGGAGAAACAACUACUGUAGGAGAAACAACUACUGCAGGGGUAACAACUUCUUCAGGAGAAACAGCUACUCCAGGAGAAACAACUACUACAGGAGAACCAACUACUGUAGGAGAAACAACUACUGCUGGGGAAACAACUACUGUAGGAGAAACAACUACUGCAGAGGAAACAACUACUGCAGGAGUAACAACUACUGCUGGGGAAACAACUACUGCUUGGGAAACAACUAUUGUAGGAGAAACAACUACUGCUGGGGAAACAACUACUUCAGGAGAAACAACUACUGCAGGAGUAACAACUACUGCUGGGGAAACAACUACUUCUGGAGAAACAACUACUGUAGGAGAAACAACUACUGCUGGGGAAACAACUACUGUAGGAGAAACAACUACUGCAGGGGUAACAUCUACUUCAGGAGAAACAACUACCUCAGGAGAAACAACUACUACAGGAGAAACAACUACUGUAGGAGAAACAACUACUGCUGGGGAAACAACUACUGUAGGAGAAACAACUACUGCAGGGGUAACAACUACUUCAGGAGAAACAACUACUGCAGGAGUAACAACUACUUCUUGGGAAAUAACUACUUCUGGAGAAACAACUACUGUAGAAUAUGGAGAAGCUCCUCAAAUAUUGUCUUCAUAAUUUUAUUUUACCUUAUUUGAUUUUACAGGUUAUUCAUGUAAAGUUUUGCACUAAGCAUACUAUUAAGAGGUUUUGUAAUGAUUUGUUGAAGAUUAGUAUGUAUAUUGGAAUUUAAUAAAUUUUGAAAAAUAA